UCCCUAUCGAAUCCUUUGAUCCUUCGCCCGUUUUAUUUUAGGUCCGCGGAUUUCCAGACUGCGAGCAAGUAAGCAAGCACAGGCCGAUACCAGACCAAACUGUCCGUACGGAUCAAAUACGGCAUCGUCGCAUCCCACCAUAAGCAACACGCCUCCACCGCUUGCUUCAAGCUCCAACGAUGAAGACACCUGCAGACAGAUGGGCAGAGCCCAGGCCGAAGCCCAAACCGUCGCCGCCGGAACGCUCGCGUGUCGUGCUUCUGGACGACAGCGUUUCCGUCUGGGGGUGGCCGUCACGUGGCGGCCUGAUCGUGCUCGAGCAGGCCACCGCCCUCGACUUCGAGAUGCUGCAGCUCGACAGCGUCAAUCUGGCCCUGGCCCGCGACGACGACCGCGCCCGCGAGGACGAGCACUGCCAGCGCCUGCUCUGGCUCGGUGCCAGGUGGUUCGACAGUCGCGAGAGGUACGGCUUCGUGUGGAACCUCUCGAGGCAACUGUCCCCUGCCAUCUCGGCCGUCGAGCGAGGCGAGCAGCCUGCGCCGACGAGGCCGGAGCGCUGGUGGGUCCGCGUCGCAUUCUCUAACGGCCAGGAUCCGCAUGGCGGUUUCUGGGUGGGCGAAUGGGACUCCCGUAUAUACGGUUCGCGAGGCGACAGGCAGGCGCCAGUACAUCUCGACGCCGCUCAAAUUGCCCUCGCGCGUAACAUGGGCGAGAAGUGCAGGAUCCUCGAGGCUCUGGGGGCCACGUACUUUGACAGUCUGGACAGCUACCGGGGAGAGGCGUGCGUGAAUGCCUGGCACCAUAAGCACACUGGGGAGUUCGGGCCCUUAGUCAUCCACGACCACCAAGGCGUCAACGGUGACGACUAGUUAGAGGCCCAACUCUCCUUUCCCACUGUAAUAGUAUAGUCGUAUAUAGGGCCAACUGCCGAGAUGGCGGGUUCUUGUUCAGGAACCCGACCUUCCGUACAGAUACACGCUCGAGCUCCUGACCUGGUUAAGAAUUGCACGAACAUCGACGGAUUAAAGAAAUUCGAAGGAUUAAAGGAUCCCAAUCCCUUUUCUGGGGCCGUGUCACGGAUUGAUACUGGAUGAUGUAAAAUCAAGGUAGUAUGUCAUGGGCCCAAACCACGAAGG